UGAAACCCGAGGGCCGAAAGAGGCAACAAUUCUGCUGUAUUACUAUUAGCCACUUAGGCCAGUGGGAUCACAGCUCUCAAUCUCUCAUGCAGACCAUUAACCGCUUUCUCUAUGGACCGACGCCCGAAGAGAGAGUGCGUGCAUGGCAAGGAAAAUUGCGUUCAGAAAGCCGACAACUGGACAGGGAGAUGAGGCAGCUUGAAGCCGCGACUGCAAAAGCACGCACGACAGUGAAGCAGCUUGCUGCCAAAGGAGAUGUGAAGUCUGCGCGGAUCCUCGCCAAGGAGGUCGUCCGCAGUAAUAAGCAGCAAGACAGAUUGUCUGUUAGCAAAGCACGCUUGGGAUCGAUCGGUACUCAGCUACAGCAGCAGCUAGCCAUGGUCAAGGUUACAGGGUCAUUGCAGAAGUCUACGGAAAUCAUGAAACUAUCCAACUCGCUCAUUAAAUUGCCGCAGAUAAGUCAAACGAUGCGUGAAAUGAGUAUGGAAAUGACGAAGGCUGGGAUCAUGGAGGAAAUGCUUGAAGACACGUUACAAAUGGAUGAAGACGAAGAGAUAGAAGAAGAGGCAGACGCUGAAGUUGACAAGGUUCUAUUCGAGCUCACUAACGGGAAGCUCGGGCUUGUUGGCUCGGUUGCAACUGAACUACCGGCACCACAAGACCGACUGGAAGACGAGGAGGCGGAGAGGGUGAUGGAAGAGGCCCGAAAACAACUGAAUGGUCUAUUGAGCGGCUGAUUUUAUACAACAUAGAUUACUGAUACCUCAGGGCAAACGGACGGGCCCUGUGACAUUCCCUAUAGUCUGUAUUCUAAGUUAUCGUACUGUAUUUGAUUGACUUGACAAGAUACUCGCACAUAUGAAACAUGUGCUACAAUAUAUUGCAAUUGAUCAUUCUACCGUGAUACGACAGUUCAAACGCGUCGUAAAAAAUGUUAGAAAGGCGCGAAGCACAGGCUUGCGGGAGUGGAAGUGCAAGACAUGCAUUAUAACCCUCAUCCUCUGACAGAAGAGUCGUCUCGGUCCUCGCCAUUUAGCGGGUCAACAUCGAAAGUUGUUGGCUGCCCACCUGGGUUUAGAUAGACCUGAAGAUUGUAAGAUGAAGAGGACAAACAAAACAACAUUACGAUGAGAAAACUGGUCAUCUU